AUGGGAUCGAAGGCACAUUUGUUAAUUGUUUUGGCUAUUUGUCUUGUGAUAACAUCAGAGGUUGCAGCUAGGAACCAGAGACUUCCGCGAAUUGAAGAUGAAGGACUUCCCGGAAUCGAAGUACCUCCAGGAAUUGGAUCAGGACUUGAAAUCGGAGGACCUCUAGGAAUAGGAGGAGGAGGACUUUUAGGAACCAGAGGACUUCUGGUAAUAGGAGGAGGAGGAGUGCUUCCUGAAGCCGAAGAGCCUCCAGGAAUAGGAGAAGGAGGAGUUCCAGGAACCAGAAGACUUCCGGUAACAGGAGAAGGAGGAGUACUUCCUGAAAUCGGAGGACCUCCAGGAAUAGGAGAAGGAGGACUUUCAGGAACCAAAGGACUUCCGGUAAUAGGAGAAGGAGGCAGACGGCUACUUCCUCCAAUAAGAGGAGUACUUUCAGGAAUUGAAGAACCUCCAUGA